AAUCGUUAUCCCAGUCCUCUACUUAAGGGUCCUGGAAUACAGAUUGCUUCUUUCCGUGGCAGCAGAUGCGAGUCGAUUUCGGCUGCCAUCAACUGCACUUCCGACGUGUCAUGGAGCCAUCUAGUGUCAUUCUCCACUGUCCAGUCCGGAGGUCUAGUUCCGUCAGCAGCUGCUACCUUGUCUUAUCUAGUCGCCGGUGGAAUCGAAUCUUUCUUAGAAGGGGCGGCUCCACCCAAGUUUGACCUUUCGAUGAUCACAUCUUUCGAAACUCCGACGCGUCAUGCAGCAGCAUUCUAUGUAUAUGAGCCUCGUGUUGGCCUCGUGUGAUUGUCUCCAUCAUCUUGACAGUCACCGACGACAUAAUGGACUACCUGACCCUUAUAAAACAACUUCAAGUUGGCGUCAAAAACUACCACUAUAGAUUAGGCGAGGAGAUAGAGGAACAUCAAGACGAAGUCGCCAGCGAAAAGGACAAGGAAAUGGUGGAAGAUCCAGAAGUAAUCGCCAGCAAAGGGGAUGAGGAGAUAGAAUGUCGAAAAAAAACCGCCGAUAAAGUGGUCAACGUGACGGAGGAAGAUACAGAAGUAAUUGGAAACGAAGGGGACGAGGAGAUACAGGAACGUCCAAAAAAAAUUGCCCCCAAAGUGACCAAGAAGGUCAGGGCCAGACGUGCCAGAAUGUCGCGGCGCUUUGGAGAGAUUCCUGGAGUACCUGUUGGUGCCACGUGGAAGUUACGCAAAGAUUGUUAUGAUGCCGGCAUACACCGCCAUCCUACGGCUGGAAUACAGGGUAGUAGGGUGACAGGCGCUUGCUCAAUCGUCGUUUCGGGUCAAUACGAUGACGACAAGGACUUAGGCGACACGAUUCUCUACGUAGGCUCAGGGGGUGGCCUCCCCAAUAAUAACGGUUGGCCUAUAAAACGUCCAGGCCCGCAGGUUUCUGACCAGGAAUGGACGGGUUGGGGAAAUGAAGCACUUCUUCGAUCUCAUUACACAGGCAAGCCCGUGCGCGUCGUCCGGAGCUCGAAAUUUGUUUCUAAGUUUGCGCCCCUCAAUGGCUAUCGGUAUGAUGGCUUAUACACCGUUACAUAUGCAUGCAGAGAGAAGGACAGUGCCGAUCGUUUUUAUAUCUGUCGCUACAAUUUGGAGAGAAUUCCAGGCCAACCUCCUUUACCGUGUCAUUCACCGGUCGGCCAUGACAUCGAGUCAUCACGGUCAACUCCUGCCUCCAUAGCCACAUCGGACACCGCCGUUUUAUCCCCAGGGACCUCGACCUCCCAUAAGCGCAAUUCCUGCUUCGAAGAUGAUCUAAUGUUCCAAAGAUGCAUGAGGCAAAUUACUGACCAAUUAGCGUUCGACAAUGACGAAGAGUGAAAGACCAAGACCUCAAUGGCUCAGGCUACCCAUCUCCCUCGUCAUUCAGAGUGAUCCACCAUUGCAAAUACCCAUUGCAUCCCGCAUGCUUUUAUGAUCAUCAUUUGGAAUGUCUGUUUACUGAUACUGCUCUUCAUGUAAUAGGUCGUCAAACUAAUAUCCAUGUUUUUCCUUUGCUAACUAUAUCUUGAUUUGAUGUAUAUGUAAUAUCAUAUGCUUACUUCCUGUGCAGAUAAACAAAUGAUAUGACUUGUCU